CUUUCACAAAACCAUGCCACUCUGCUUCCGCUGCCCACGUACACAGCUAUAAUACUCCGUACGCCUACUCUGGCCUCAUCACCACUCCCAUGCGUCUUUGAUCAUUGCACUCCUCCUCACCGCAGUCCAUCAUGGUCCGCACUUCAGCUUUGGUUACCGCCGCCGCCUCACUGGCACUAGGCGUCAAGGCCGAAAGCCUCUACUCGAAGAACUCUGCCGUACUCCAAAUCACCGGAACCGACUAUGACAGGGUAAUCGCGAAGUCCAACUACACCUCUAUUGUCGAGUUCUACGCACCUUGGUGCGGCCAUUGCCAGAAUCUAAAGCCCGCAUACGAGUCCGCAGCCAAGUCCCUCGCCGGUGUCGCAAAGGUGGCUGCUGUGAACUGCAACGAUGAGCUGAACAAGCCAUUUUGCGGCAAGAUGGGAGUAAAGGGCUUUCCCACACUCAAGAUCGUACGCCCGAGCGCCAAGCGUGGAAAGCCCACGGUGGAGGACUACCAGGGCCAGAGGACGGCCAAGGCCAUUGUUGACGCGGUGAAGGACAAAAUUCCGAACAACGUGAAGCGGGUGACGGACAAGAAUCUGGACGAAUGGCUACAAGACAAGAACGAGACGGCCAAGGCUAUCUUGUUCACUGAUAAGGGUGCCAUUAGCGCCACCUUGCGUACGCUGGCCAUUGACUUUGCGGGACUUGUGUCGAUCGCACAGAUCAGAAACCGGGAGGCUAAGGCGGUCGAGACCUUUGGUGUGGAAAGCUUUCCGACCUUGAUCCUUCUGCCCGGUGGCACGAGCACUCCGAUCAAGUACGAUGGCGAAUUGCAAAAGAGUGGCAUGGUAGAAUUUCUUUCUCAGGUGGCUCCACCACAUGCAGACUGCCCUCCGCCAAACCCUAAGAAGGCAAAAGCGAAGGAUGAGAAAAAGAACGACAAGAAGGCUUCCAAGUCUUCGUCAAAGUUUGCGAAAGCCUCUGCAUCUCACAAGUCUGCUGAUGCCUCUUCGGCUGCCGCCUCAGCCACUGCCGAGACCGUGGAGGAACCCGCUAAACCUUCAGAAUCCCCGGAUCCUAAGGUGAACGAAGAGGAGGAUGCCAAACCCGUCGUGCUUCCCGAAGAGGAAUUGAAGCCCACCAUUCCAGUCCUCUCGCAGGCUUCCGACCUUCAGGCUACCUGUCUGAAUGAGAAGAGUAAGACAUGUGUUCUUGCCUUACUCCCGAAAGAUGAGUCAUCUGAAGCAGUGGUGUCGGUGCUGGACUCUCUUGCGUCUAUCCACAAAAAGCAUGACAAGAGUGGCAGCCAUUUGUUCCCAUUCGUUGCGGUGCCAGCUUCUAACUCACUGGCAUCCUCACUUAUCGCGGAUUUGAAGAUCGGGGAUACUGAGCAAGUUCACCUUAUUGCCACUAAUGGAAAGCGAGGAUGGUGGAAGAGAUACUCCGGCAGCAGUUUUGGUGAUGUUGAAGUGGAGCAGUGGAUUGACGCCAUUCGCAUGGGAGAGGGCCAGAAGGAAAAACUGCCUGCCUCCAUCUUGGCAGCAGGGAAGGCCGAUACCAGGGAGCAGGAACCGGAGAAAGAGAAGACACAGGACCAACAGCCGAUCAAAGCUCAAGAGGAGAAGAUUGUUGAGGAGCAGCAAAAGCAUGACGAGCUGUGAUUCUGGUCAAUGACGACCCGAGUUCUUUUGGGGAUGCCUGAGCUGUAACUGUACAAUAAAAUAUCUGUAUACUUCUAUCCAACGGCCCUCACAAAGUUUGCGAGAUGAUAAUGUACGGAGUCUACUCAUAUAUGCUGGCGACAUCUAUUUCAGGGGGUCUCGUCAUUCGCUAUACGUUCUUCAGCCGCCUUCCUCAUGUCCUCAUCUAACAAAGACAUGAGAAUUGGGUCGUUCCGCUCCUUCAUCCAGGUGGCAUCAUGGGCCAGGGCGACAUGGAAUCCAUACUCUUUUUCCAGAAGGCGUAUUCUCGCAAUCGUACCCCUCGCAGCAGCAAUAUCGGCAUGCAGCGA